AUGGAGCGCCACGAUUUGGUCGCGUCACGCCGCGCUGCCGCUGCUUUGCUCGCCCGGGCUGUCCGCCGCACUCGCACUCGACGAGAUUCUGGCACUGGCCGUGCCCAGGUCCCCCCAGCUGUCCUGUCGCCACUCGCCACCCAUGCCCGUGUUGUCACCUCACCAAUGAUGGCGCUCCUAAUGGAUCACUACGACAUGGCUCACCGUGGGCGUUUGAUACGGGAUGAACAAAUGGAUCUUGUACCCCUCAAACUUUGGUCUCACGGUGCCUCCUCAGGCGCCAUGUCUUACGAUGAGCGAUACACACCGUUCAUCUUGAGAACAGGGCUCCUUCCGUUCAUCCAUAUGGUGACCCGGUCGACACCUUGGAUGAACGCUUGUGCAAUCACCGCGCUUGUUGACCGGUGGAGGCCUGAGACCCACACUUUUCACCUCCGGACCGGUGAGAUGACUGUGACUCUUCAGGACGUGUCCAUGAUCCUGGCACUCCCCAUCGGCAGGGAACCGGUAUGUAUCAAUACGGCCUCUUCGGGAUGGCGCCAGCAGAUGGCGGAUCUUAUUGGUAGGGCACCGGAGGCCCCUGAGGACCCCGCUAACGACAGAGUGCCAGCGGGCGCAACGUACACUUGGAUAGUUGAGGACUUCUCCGAGUGCCCCGAGGAUGCUGCCAUCGAGGUGGUUGAGCAGUACGCACGAGUAUACGUGUGGUAUGUCAUCACACGUACUCUGUUUGCUGACGGGGGUGGCAGGAUAGCUCAAUGGCAUUGGCUGAAGGCCUUGACCGUAUGGGACUCCAAUUGGAGCUGGGGCACAGCUGCACUUGCCUACCUUUACCGGCAGUUGGACGAUGCUUGUCGUAGGAGCAAACGAGACAGCGGCAUAGGUGGUCCACUGCUCCUACUGUCUGUUUGGAGCUGGGAACGCUUCCCCGUUGGACGCCCGGAAAUGUUGGCAUUCAACAAUUGGGACGAUCACGAAGACCCACUCCGGAGACCCACUUGGGCUUACAAGUGGGACCGUACGAGAGAUAACUGGAACGACACUAAACUUUUGUACAAGCAGUACACGAACGAGUUCGACACUUUAACCCCUGAGCAGGUGAAAUGGCAGCCAUAUGGUAGCGGGGACGAUUUCGGAGUCCCAUUCGAUUAUGAGCUAAACCCAAAGCUUGAUAGGAAAAAACAGAAGAGCAAACAAAAUUGGCCAAAGGAACAUAGGGUGCAUGUGGACAAGUUCAAAAGGUGCUUGGCCAAGAUGGAGAAUGGUGAAGGAAACCCCCAACGGCCGGCAAAUCCUGAUGCAUUUAACAACUACCUUCGUUGGUAUCUUGAGAACGCCAGAGCGGAGAUUUGCCGGCCCGCAUACAACCAUGAAAUUUUGGAAGAUAACAACCUAUUUGACGAGGCUGCAAACGCGGAGUACAACAGGCUUGUAAAGGAUGGGAGGCAAACAUCAUAUGCUAAUGUCUUGCACUUUGUGCGUGAUGAGAUCAGGAAGGGCCCCGACAGAACCGAGAUAGUUCUCGAUGAAACUCCUCACGGGAAAAAGGGGGAGAGUACACUAAGGAAGUUUAUGAAGACUAGUUGA